AUGGCGAUGCAGAAGUUCUUCAGCGUGCUGCUGCCGGAUGUGAAGCGGGAGCUGCGCCGCGGGAUCAUCGAGUGCUCCAAGCGGGGCCUCCUGCACAGCACCAAGUGGCUGGCGGAGAUGCACCACGGACUGGCCGAUGUGCACAUAGACAAUGAGGCGCCGGAUGAGGAUCGCACAUUCAGCGAGUGCCAGCUGGAGGGGAUUGCGCCGGAGGAGUACAGCGACUACUUCCUGGCCAAGAGCUACUACGACGUGAGGGAGUACGACAGGGCGGCGCAUGCGGUCAGGAACUGCGAGUCCAGUGUGCCGCGCUUCCUGCACUUCUAUUCCAGCUACAUGGCCAGGGAAAAGCGGCGACUGGACUCGACCACCGACCAGGCGAAUCUGCACGAGCCGAAUCAGAUGCGCGAUCUCGCCGACCUGCUGGCCACAUUGCGCAUGGAGUAUGGCAAGAGUCGGCUCGAUGGCUACGGCAUAUACUUGUACGGAGUAGUCCUGAAAGCACUGAAUCUCAACCAGGCCGCCGAGCAAAUGCUGGUCCAGGCCAUCAGACUGGUGCCCAUGCUGUGGAGCGCCUAUCUGGAGCUCUCGCCCCUCAUCAUGGAGAAGAAGAAACUGCUGAGCCUGCAGCUGGGUGGUCACUGGAUGCGACACUUCUUCAUGGCGCACACUUACCUGGAGCUGUACCUCAACGACGACGGCCUGAAGAUCUACGAGGACCUGCAGGCGUCGGGUUUCAGCAAGAGCAUCUACUUGAUUGCCCAGAUGGCUCUGGUCUAUCACAAUAAGCGGGAUGUGGACAAGGCGAUUGAGCUGUACCAAGCGCUUCUCGAGAGCGAUCCCUACCGCCUGGACAAUGUGGAUACCUAUUCCAAUCUGCUGUUCGUCAAGGAGAUGAAAACCGAAAUGGCACAGUUGGCCCACAAGGCUGUCAGCAUCAACAAGUACCGUCCGGAGACGUGUUGUGUAAUAGGCAACUACUACAGUAUCCGCUGUGAUCACCAGGUGGCCAUUUCCUACUUUCAACGCGCCUUGAAACUGAAUCCCAAGUAUCUGGCGGCCUGGACCUUGAUGGGACACGAGUUCAUGGAGCUGAAAAACACAAAUGCAGCCAUUCAGAGCUACCGAAAGGCAGUGGAGGUCAACAAGCGGGACUACCGCGCCUGGUAUGGACUGGGCCAGGCCUACGAGAUCAUCAAAAUGCACUACUACAGCCUGUACUACUUCAAAAUCGCCCACCAACUGCGUCCCUACGACUCUCGCAUGCUGGUUGCCUUGGGCGAGACGUACGAGAAGCUGGACAAGUGCGAAAAUGCUGUGAAGUGCUACUGGAAGGCCAUCGAUGUGGGUGACAUAGAGGGCAUAGCGAUGUACAAACUGGCCAAUCUGCACGAGAAGCUCGGCGACCACGAGACGGCGGUCCAUUGCUACAUCAUGUACUGCGAGGAUGAGCGGGCGGCCACCGAUAAGCAGAGCCUCUACCAAGGGUUCAUCACGCUGGCCAAUUAUUACGAGAAGAAGAGCGAGUACGAACGAGCCGCCUAUUACGCUUACAAAUGCCUGGACUCGGAGGAUCGCAAAAUGGAGGCAAAGGCGCUGCUGAAGACAAUUGACUGGAAGCGCAAUGCUGAGGGACAGAAGAAGGUAAAAACUACCUCGGCCGUGGCGAAUGCAGACACCAGUUCCGAGGACGAGAUGGAGUGGGAGAUGCAGGAUGUGCGAGUCCGAGUUCCCAUCACAUCCAUAGCCACCACGACUACCUCCACGACCACCGCGGCUGCGGAGAGUGCCUCGAGUAGCUCCUUGAUCAGCUUGCGUCCGGACCGAAAUCUGAUUCAGGGCAUGCGUCGAUCCCAGGCGAGCAGGACUAGCUUAACCGCGCCUGCCAGCAGCACCACCACCACGCCAUCGGCCACUGCUGUCACAAUGUCCACCGAGGAAGCGCCUGGAACAUCCGGUGGCACUUCGAAUCCGCCCGAGCAGGCGCCAUCGGAUGAUAACAGCUCCAUGGAAAUAUCCAGCGUAUCCAUCGAUUAGUCAAAUGUUCCAAUUGUAUAAAUUUCUAUUUGUUUUUAUGAAUUAUAUUGGCAAUCCAAGUAAAUAA